GGCACUUAACUACAAUUAUUAUUACUCAAGAGUAGCAUUCACAGUGAAUUUUAAAAUUGCUAAAUACAUCUAAGUGUUCCAUGUUUAAAUAUGCAUUAUCUUUUCUCAUUCACCAGACUAUAUAUUACUUUCAAUUCUCUGUUGUGCUUCUACACUGAUAAUUGAGCCAGCCAUUAUAUGAAACCACAAAUAGCUUAUUUAUUUAAAGGUUUCUCUUCUCUCUACUGCUUUCUGCUGGCUAUAAAUGCUUCCUGAGACCCUUGAAGGUAUAUGAUCUUCACAGUCAGCUGCCUCCCAAAGCUAGAUUCCUUUUCUAGCCUCUUCUUGUUUUUCCCUCACCUCCUUUGAACUCAGCACAUUUAAAAUCAAAUUCACAACUCUCUUCUCCCUCUCUGUUAUCCAAGAAUGCAAUUUUGGAACCAUUCAAUAGUUCUCUCCCCAACCCCCCACUUGAAGAUUUUACAAUCUCAAGUCUCUUUUCUAAUAGCUGUGAAAGCUACUCUUUCCUCUCUAAAUUCCAAGACAAAAAGUCCCACUCAUUUUUCUCUUCAACUCUUAAAACUCUCCCCACUUCCUGCCUUUGGAUUCUGUUGAGAAAAUCCCCUCUAACUUCAUGAAUUUAUUAUUUGGCAGGGAAGCUAAUGUGUUGGCUAAUACUUUAGCCGAAUGGAGAACACCUGAAGGAUUAAUUAGUUUGCAGCUGAGCAACAUUAAGACCCCCCCCCAAAAAAAAAAUGAAAGCUAGGAGAAGGAUAUGAACCAGGACCCAAAGAAGAAGACUGGCUUUAACAGUAAAGCUAGUACAGAGAUUAGGUUAACUAAAUAACAUUGUUAGGAGCACUGAGACCCAAGAGAUGAAAUGGCAGUCAGCAGAGUGAAUGUCAAGUGGACUUUAGAGAAACCUAGAGCAGAAAACCAGAGAAGAAUAUGGGAUGUAUGAAGUGUCAUCUCAGCAAGCUGAGAACUUCAGUCUGAUCAGAUGCUUGAAGUCCUGAAGAGAAGCACUUGCAAGCCCCUGGUUUCUGACUCCUGGCUGCCUGUCCUGAGAAGACACACCAGAACCAGCAGGGGGAUGUUAGCCACUCUCUUCAAUGUGCAAGUUCACUUUCUUGGGUCUUCAUUCUCGGCACCUAGAAGAGAGCUUGAUCUGGACCUCCGUAGACAUCCCCAACCUUCUGUGGCUCCUGGGUGGCCAACGGUUUGAAGGUUACUGAGGUUGCCCCUCAGCCCGACAGCUACGGAAGAAGCCGAGGAAACAGCAGCCGAGGUGCAGGGCUCAAACCUUCUCGUUUAAAGCAGAAGAAGCAGGGGGAGUGAAUCACCUAUGCCAACUUCCACUCUCUUCCUGAACAACAAACCCUGAGCCACGCCAAACACUAUGGACAUGAGACUUACUUUCAAGGCCAGCUGUAUUGUUACAAGAGGUGGCCGUGGCAACCAAACACCGGAACCUGUUUUCUAUUGAGCCCAACUGAUCGGCGCCUGAGAUGUUGGAACCCAUACCAUCCCCGCCCCUCAUAGCAGACAGCCUACCCGGUAAGGGAAGGUGGCCCUUCCGAGAAGCGGUACCAGAGCGAGGCGCUGAAGAUACUCUUUGGAGAGCAGGAAAGAGGAUUCCCCCUCUAACACCAGGAGGACCUACACCAGAGAGGAGUGCCUGUCUGUACUGUCAAGACCCGGUCAAGCACGUGCUGCACGGACACACUGGCUGCAGAGGCUCAAGAGAAAUCUUUGUGGGUGUUACAGACAAGACGGAAGGUUUGAGGGUGAAGGGGAAUAGCCUGAGCUCUCCACUCCUCGCCAGGAAUGCCUUCUGACCUCUCACCAAAUGGACCAAACAUCUCCAAAUGAAGGCCAGCUCCUAUGCCGUCCACGGUGUUCCUAUCUUUAUAUAUGGUCCUCCCCGACAGCCAAGGGCACUACUACCUCAUCUGACCUCAAACCACAAUACUUAAGAUCAAAUACGUGAGGAAAAAAUGGGAAGAAAAUGACUUGCAUUUCUCUUAAGAGACGAGGUAGGAGUUGAAAAGAGAUAGGGAGCUGAAUACUUACGUGGAAUAGGGUAUGCAAAUCUGUCUGGAUGUUUUGUAAUGAGUGUAUUUUUUAUGUGUCUUCUUCCAACACCAUGUGCACCUGUUUCACAAAACAAUAAAGAAAUUUUAAUUAAUAAAUAA